AUGUCUGAGCGAGGCUCCUUCCGUGGUGGUCGCGGGGGCCGCGGCGGCCGUCCCCAGCAGCAGAAAAGUGGCGGUGGUGGCGGUGCACAAGAGAAGCCCAAGAAGGAAAACAUCCUUGACUUGAGCAAGUACAUCGACAAGCAGCUCACUGUCAAGUUCAAUGGCGGUCGUGAAGCCACCGGCACGCUCAAGGGCUACGAUCAGCUCAUGAACCUCGUCCUCGACGACGUCAAGGAGACCAUGCGCGGUAAGUAUUCCCUGCAAGUAAUGAGAAAGACUAGCCGCUCACUCCUUUCAGAUGAGGAAGGCAACCAGACAACCCGCACCCUGGGUCUGAUGGUGGCUCGUGGUACUCUGAUCGUGCUGAUCUCGCCCGCCGACGGAAGCGAGGAGAUCCCCAACCCGUUUGUGCAGCCGGAGGAGUAA